UCCGUUCAAUGGCUGGAGGGCAAGAAAAAUGGUAUUUUACAAAAGAACAAUUACUGAGUUCUCCAAGCAGAAAAUGCGGUUUAGAUGCAGAUAAAGAAUUAGCAUAUCGGCAGCAGGCCGCGAAUUUAAUACAGGAUAUGGGACAGAGGCUUCAAGUCUCUCAACUAUGCAUCAACACGGCGAUAGUGUACAUGCACAGGUUCUACGCCUUCCACUCGUUCACGCAGUUCCACAGGAAUGCUAUAGCUGCAGCAGCGCUGUUCCUCGCUGCGAAGGUGGAGGAACAGCCAAGGAAAUUAGAAUAUGUAAUAAAAGUGGCACACGUGUGCCUCCACCGAGGUGAAAGUAUCACCGCCCUGUCGCCUGAACAGUACCAAGAACAGGCGCAGGACCUUGUAUUCAACGAGAAUGUCCUCCUACAGACCUUAGGGUUCGAUGUUGCUAUCGACCAUCCCCACACGCACGUUGUUCGCACAUGUCACCUUGUCAAAGGUGAGACAUGCGUCCUAACAUUGUGUCCGGUGACGUGACGUGCGACCGACGCGGGUCGGACGACUUGCGACUUGCGAUUGCGACUUAGUCGUGGAUGGUUCGGUUUUGAAGCGGCCGUGGUUCGGUUCGGACCGGGGUUUUGUUUUGUUAGCGGUUUUUUUUGUUUAUGCAUUUAUAUGUUUAUUUUUUUAUGCUUGUUAUGUAAUUGUUUUGAUGAGGCAGUAAUUUAUGUAAUUUUAUUGUAAGCUUGAAAAGCACAGUGACAGUUGCACUCUCGAAAAUUGGUUCACGGAUGUACUUUUGUCUAUUUGCAUAAUUUCGCCAAUAUUAAACAUAGUUGUGUAAUAUUGUGAAAUAAUGUGUUAUUGUAAAAACAGGAUCGCAUCCGUGUAACUAUUCUUUGAGGUGAUCUUUUAAGAACGUUCUAUAUUAGGCAUAAUUUGUAUAAAAAAAACAAUUACAUAUGGCAUGAUGUAUUAUUAUUAUUUAUCUUGCAAAUGCAACGUUUGACUUCCAUUCCUUGAUGAUUUUGAUUGUAAAAAGUAAAAUGCGAUAUAAAAAAAUAUGUAAAAAGACAAAAGAAAAUAAAAUAUUUUUCAGGAAAAAAUACAUUAUUAUUAAUUUUCCCUUUCUUCUGUUCAAAAUUUCUUCUAACACUCUUUUCUUAAUACACUAAAAUUACACCUUCUGAUACAACAACAAAAAAAACUUUAAAUCAUUCCAAGCCACAAAAAAUAUUUAAACAUAACUACUAUUUUCUCACUCUGUUCAAUUUUUAAAUUAAAUUCUAUACCCUCUUACAAAAUAUCCAAACGAAAAUUUUACACUACACUACAUUUAAAAAUAAAAUUAUUAACUCACAAAGUAUGGAAGCCACACGUUGUACAAAAAACGAAACAAAACCGGGACCGUCCCGUUAGCCGCACCGAACUUGUCCGGAGGCAAAAAAAUAAGCCGCGAUUCAACAGGCAAUGUAUACACACUACUACAUAAGAAAAUAUACAUCAGCCCCGAAGGACCUAGCACAGACUUCGUAUUUCAUGGCGUCGAACAGUCUACACUUGACUACUAUGUGCCUUCAGUAUAGGCCUACGGUGGUCGCCUGUUUCUGCAUACAUUUGGCAUCGAAAUGGAGUAAUUGGGCGAUACCGCAGUCGAACGAGGGUCGUCAUUGGUUCUCCUACGUAGACCGGUCGGUGACCACGGACCUACUGGAGAAGUUGACGGCCGAGUUCCUGCUCAUCUUCGAGAAGUGCCCCUCGAGGCUGAAGAGGAAGAUGAUGAAUGUUAAAGCUGCGGAUGGCAGUUCUCCACACUCGUUGCCAAACGCAUCGGGCUCAGGCGUCGCCAACUCGCCUUUCGACAAGAAGCACCCGCCGUCCAGUGCCGAUGAGAUCGACAAAUCCUUCGACAAAGAAUAUGAACGGGAGAGGCGACGCCAACCUGUCCCGGGUGGCUAUGUGCCAGCCACUACAGCCGCCCCACCCCAACCACAACCACAGAAGAUAGACUACAACCUAUACAGACAACGGGGAGAGAGGGAAGAACGAGAGAGGCGGGAGGAGAGGGAGAGGCGGCAACAGGCCAUGCAACAGCAGCAGCAAGCCAGGCCCGGCGCCCCGCAGCCCAGGCCCAACGCUCAGGCCCCUCCCCACCACCAGAGACCUUCCAGUCAACACGGUCACCAUAAACAGCACCAUCCCUGGCCCCCACACAAGUCCCACCAUCCCAAACCGCCUCACGACCACAGGCAUCACAGGCCGCCCAUCCCCGGUCCAUCAACAUCCACUACCACCACGCCAGCACCUACUCAUCCGCCCCCCACAUCUCAACCCGAAGUGGUUCCUCAAAGAACGAGGCCACCUUCGUUAUUCUCGCCUGAGAAUGCGACCACUCCCACCGCGGCGGCUGCGGCGGCUCCCAGGAGGCCGCAGCCCCAGCAGCCGCCCCCGCACCGACCUAAGCCCGAGGUCAGGCCCACCCCGCCCCCCGCGCCGCAAGUACCUCAGCCCCCUGUACAAACACAAGAGCAGAGGCCGCCCAGCCCGCACAGAAAGCGGCCGGACCCCACGGCGGCCAUCAGAGAAAUGCAACCGCCGGCAAUACUGUCCCCAUUCUCCUCUCCUCCCUCUAAAGAAAUGCCGAAGCAGCCGAGACAACGGCUGCCUUCGUCCAGUUCCGAGCCAGAGCUAGUGCCCGUCGUCAAAAAGAUUGAGGACACACCCGGGUACGAGAAUGUUAUACGCGACUCGCAGAGGGGCACGGCGAUCAAAACCAGGGCUCCUGAACGGAAACCUGAGCUGCCCACUAGGCCUGUUAACGGCAUCGAAACUGAUCCUACACUAGUAUCGAAUUUACUGAAGGAAAGUUUAGCCAAACCAGCGCCUAUAACGGUGGCGACAGAACGCAAGUCUCCCGAGGUGAAGCGCGAGCCGCCCGCGGAGCCCCCUCCCGCGCCCGUCCUGCCUGCCCCGGCGGCUGUCGAACCCCCUCCCCCCGUAGAAGAAGUGCCCGAACACAGGCAUAAGAAGGAAAAGAAGAAAAAAGACAAACACAAACACAAAGACCGGGACAAAUCGAAGGAAGAGAGAAAGAAACACAAAAAGGACAAAGAGAAGAGGAAAGAGAGUCCGCCCCCUCAGCCGGUAGAACCGCCGCAGCAGGACGGGGCUCUGAGGAUAACGAUACCUAAAGAGAAGUUGUCGACUAGUCCCGGUCUUAAGAUUAAGAUUCCUAAGGAUAGGUUGGCGGCGCCGCCACUGCCGCCGCAGCCGCAGCCGUCGAGCCUGAAGAUCAAGAUAUCCCGCGACGUGCUCGACGCGUCCAACAGGAAGCGCAGCGCGGCGCAGGAGCCGCCCGCCCCGCCGCACAAGCUGGCGCGGCACAACGGAGCUCCCCACCACCCUAAGGUAGGCAACUGGAAUGUUCCCGUCCCUUACAGACAACCCUUACCUUACUAUAUGGUACAACCGCCCCCGCCGCUGUAUUACGGCAUCGGUAUGGACGGCUAUUACUACGGCAUGGAAGGGUUCAUGUACCCAGGGGCCUGCGUGCCGGGCCCCCGGGUCCCGGGUCCCAGGCCCCCGGGCCCCCAGCCCCCGGCCGCGCAGCCGCCCCUGCCCGCCAUGCCGCCCCCGCCCGUGCCGCCACCGCCCCCAGAAUAGUGCCACAAACUAGUACCUUUAAGUAGUCAUUGCUAUAUAGUUAAAAUAUUUUGACUGUUUAUAUGUGUUGAGCUGUGUUUGUAGUCAGAUUUGUUGGGACACUACUGGUUUUUAUUUUAAAAAGAUAUUAAAGCUACAACAAAAUCAAAAGAAAAUAGUUCUUAUUAAUGGAGAAAAAAAACACUUUAAAUAUACACAAAAUACUGUAUUUUUCUAUAUUGUGGUAGUUUCGUAACAUAUCUGACGAUAAAUUUUCAGAUGCAAGGUUGAAUUUUCCAUACAUAUUGUUGUAUUCGCAUGGUGUUUCAAAUGUUGUGUUUUUACUAUGGGAAGAUUGGUAGAUUUAAGAUAUUGUCGGUCUAAUAUGAGACUGUGUAUAGUAUAUAGUAAUUCUACUAAAUGGUAGCUUUUAUAGAAGUACUGAGAGAUGUUUAUAUUGAAUGUUUUUUCAUAUUCAACUUAUGCUAUUGAGAAUAUUUACGUUUUGAAACUACUGUGACCAUAGCUAAGGUAAAAAAAUAUAACAAUAUUAAAAAUAGUGCAGCUGUUUAGGUGUUCGUUUUUGAGACAAAGAGACAUACAAAAUAUAGUUUUUAAUACCUGAAUUUUAAGAAAAAAAUCAUUUAAAUAUUGGAAAACGUUUGGUCAAAGCUAUGGUUACAGUGUUUGUCAAAAAAGAAGGAACAUAUUUGCCAAAAUAGCUACUAGAAUUUAUAAAACUAUUUACAAUAUAAUAAAAUGGCAAAAACUAUGUAUACAAUGUUGUCGAGCUUUUGUAGCUUAUGUACAAAUUAUAUAGGACUGUACCACUUUUACAGGGCGCUUAAAAAUAUAUAUUUACACUGUCAAGCGUUUUUAGGAGAACAAAAUAUUACCUAAAAAAUACAAUUAAAUAUUAUAUAUAUUAUAUUCUGUCAUUGAACAUCUUCGGCAGUCGGAAGCCAGUAAGUCUGACAAGCAGUUUUACCAAGGGGUACUGGGUUGCCCGGGUAACUGGGUUGAGGAGGUCAGAUAGGCAGCCGCCCCUUGUAAAACACUGGUACUUCGCUGCAUCCGGCUAGACUGGAAGCCGACCCCAACAUAGUUGGGAAAAGGCUAGACAGAUGUUGAUUUUAUAUUCUAACUAACUAAGAUUUUAUAUUAUAUUCUAACUAAAACCGUUUUAAGGUACGCUUUAUAUUAGCGUAAUUCUAGUACUAUUUAUCUUAAAAUAUAAUUCAAAUUAAUAUUCAUACCAAUUUUUUAAAGGACAUAUCCAAAAAAAAAACUUGUUCUUCUAAAAAUGUUUGACAAAUUAUAUUAUAAAAAACUUAUCUGUACUGUAAAUGUUUACCACUGUUUUAUAGAAAUAUAGUUUAUUGCUAUAAUAUAUGGGUUGACUGGUAAAUAGUGGCCGAUACUUAGACACGUUAUUUUAAUUUUACCCAUGAUUAUUACCAACUUUUCCAAAGAAAGUUUUGUAUAUAGUCAUAAGUUUUAUCACAAAAUAAUAAAAAAAAUAUUGGAAAAGUUGUUUGAAAUUAUGAGUACAAUAACAUAUUCAAGUGUCGGUCACUAAUUCCCGGUCACCCUAAACAGUUUGACAGCUAAUAUAUUUAUAAAAUAUAUACCAUAUACUACUCAUAAUAAAUAUAUUUACAAUUUUUGACUCUUAUAGUAGAUACAUCACAUUUUGUGAUAUUUUUAUUUAAUCUUAAGACUUAAAAUAUAUACAAUAUGUAUGUACGUAAUGUUAAAGUGAUUUUUCUAAUGUAGCAUUCCAAAAACGGACUUCAAUUUUAAUUUGAUAAUUACUAUUUAUUUCUAUAGAUUUCUAUUGCUCUAAAAAAAAUUUUAUUAUGGUUAUUUUUUCUUGAGAGUAUAGUUUUCUUAAAAUAUAUUUAUUUUAUUACUGUUAUUCAUUAAGUGGUUUACAAAGUUGCUGACUCGAAAAUAUAUAAGUAAGCGACUAUCUGAACACAUUACCAUUUCAGCUUUAAUUAUGUUUUUAGUUAAAAUCGAUUUUCGUUAAGCUUAAAGUUGACUUGUUAAUUAAUAUUUUCUAAUUUUAAGUUGUAAAAAAUGUAAAUAAAAAUAAAUGCUUGCUCAAAAAUGAUCAAAAAGUAAAAAAAAAAAAUAUUACAGGGUUUAUCCUUAAUGUUCCUUAAAACUUAAGCUUUUUAUUUCGAAGCGAAAUAGUAUUAUGGAAUUGCUAUUUUUAUACAAAUGUUUUCUUAGAUUUAUUAUUAAAAAAAAAGAAAAAAAAAACCUUUUGUCAAUUAUUUUUAAAAAAGCUCCUAUGGCAGUCUUUGAUAAAAACUAUUAAAACUUUUUUUUUAAACCAACUCUUCUACUAUCUAUGAAAACAAUUGUAUAUUACAUAGUUUUUUAAGUGUUUAAAAUAAAAAUACGAAACAUCUGAUUAUGGUGCCAUUGUUGUUACCAUUUUGCUAAAAUAGGAAUAGUUUUUUUUUAUAUUUUCCAAAACGAGAGUACUUAAUUACUUGUUCAUGAUAUUUAAUUAUGACAAGAAAUAUCUACCUUAAUUUUUGUAUGUUCAUAGUUUAUUUUAGUUAUAUAAAAAAUAUUAGUUAUGAUUUUCUCAAAAAAAUAUGUGUCAAUAUUUUUUCGAAUUUUCAAGAAACUAAAAUAUAUAAAAAAAUCCUCACAUUAUCACUAUUUUUAAGUUUUUAGAGGCUAAUUCAGUAGUUCAUUUUUUAUAUAUUUUAUUUUCUAGAAAAUUCGAAUUGCAUUUUGUUGAUUAUAAUCGUUUUAUUACAUUAGGCGUGCAAUUUAUGUGAAUAUUGGCAAUAUUAUAAGUACAUGGUGUUUUUUAUUAUUUUUUUUUAUUAAAAUAUUUUUUUUCUAAUCUAAUUAGACAAAAUUGACAUAUAAUAGUGACGGUACAUAUUGAUUUAUUUUUAUAUUGAUUUUGUUAACUUUUAUAUCAAAAGUUCAGCCGUAAUUCAACACCAAUAAAUACAAAAUUAUUUUAAAUCAAGCAAAAAGUUCUGAAUUCACAGAAAAUCAAUGCAAAUGUUUUUUUUUUUUAUAUUUAUGCAAUGUGUCGAAUUAUGUCUUAACAUAGAAAUACUGAGAUUACCAUACUUUACGAAUUUCAUAAAUAUAAUUGUGAAAUAGCAUAACUGUUUGCAUAAGUUGAAUCUAACGAAUUUAUUAUGUUUUCAAAACGAUUUUAUUUAAUUAAAAAGUAUGAUUUCGUAAUUUGA